UGUCACCGUCAGUUGUAUGCAGUGCUCCUCGGUCGUGGUUAGUCGCGUUCUAUUGUUGUUCCGUGUGCGGCUGCCUACCAGCUUGGAUUAAUUAUUGUUUUGCAUGACAUAUAUUUUUCUCGUUGUGAAGCGUGUGACGACGGUCCUUGAGAAAUACAUCACCACACUGUAGUAUGGUACAGUUUUGUGAAUUCAUCCGGGUGUCUCUUUGAAGAGGUCGCAGAGCAGUGUCCCUCGGCAGUGUAUCUCCUGCAUUCAUUCAUUAUCCGCAGUGUGGUCUUUCGCCGUGUGGUAAAGCAAAAGUGAGUCCGAGAGCUGAGUGAAGAAGAAAAAGAGUUCGUGCAAUUGGAUUAUUGCAAGGUGUUUGGAGAAACGGAAUCGGAAGGUCGCUGCUGUCCUCUUAUUCUGCUGCCCCUUUUUAUGUCACCGUUUGCAACACUAGCAUCAGCAGUGUUGUUAGUGCCGAAAGAAGUGCUCGGUUAAAAGGUUUGUGCUAAGAAAUUGAUUUUGCAACGCUAUUUUUGACCGUGUGAGCAGCAUUAAGGCCUAAAAAAGAGUGGAAAGUGGUGGUGAUGGAAAUAGUCUGAUCAGUGCGAUUAGAGUGAAACCGAUUUCAGUGGAUAACUGCGCGGAAGAGGCGCACAACCGGAAACAAAAUUUACAAGUUACAUAAAUCAUCAACAGCCAUGGCGGUUGUGCGGAAGAAACAGGAUGAUAAGAUUUUGAAAACGCUCCGAGAGCUGGUCAGCAUUGGCGGCAACAAGGAGUGUUUCGACUGUGGUCAGAAAGGCCCGACCUACAUCAACAUGACCAUAGGCUCCUUCGUCUGUACGACCUGCUCCGGAAUUCUACGCGGACUGACUCCACCGCAUCGUGUCAAGUCAAUUUCAAUGGCUACCUUCACGCAGGAAGAGAUUGACUUCGUACGACAGAACGGCAAUGACACCUGCAACAGAACUUGGCUCGGCUUGUGGGACCCAAAGCGAGCCAUCAAGCAGGAGCAUCGAGAUUUCAUGAUUGACAAGUACGAAAGGAAAAGAUAUUACCUAGAGCCUGCCAGUCCGUUGAAAUCGCUCCCAUCGAAUACUACUAGUUCGAACAACAAUGGAGUCAGUAGUAGCAGCAACAGUAGCAACAGCAGCAGUAGCAUCAACCAUAGCAGUAAAAGUGGUACCGAGAACUUGGUACCCCUGAAAAAUAUUACUUUGACACCGCCAACGUCACUGCGGCUAAGCCGAACCAAUUCAAAUUCCAGUAAUGGACUUAGCAGUCACACAUCGUCAUCGGUCACGAACUCCAGUACAAAUAUCAAAUUUCAGCAGCAGUUCACCCCGGAUGACAGUAACUUUUUCAGCGAGCCGCCGAAAAUCUUACCGCCAACGCCCCAGAAGCACUCCAGCAAUCAUCACCAGCGAUUGAAUGGUACUGUUGGUUGUGGAAACACUUUCGAGCGAAGUCAGAAGAAUGGUUUAUUAACGAGUACAACCAGUAACGGCAAUAAUAAUAACAACAACAGUAUGACGAACGCCAACAAGUUCACGCCCGACACGGAUUUUGUGGCCGAUUUCAGCAAUGCAAACAUAGUCAACGUCAACGGCACUGCCAAUGCUAGUAGCGAUGGGCUGAAAGCCAACAGCAAUCACAAACUCAGCAACGGAUUCAACGAGAAGCUGGGCAACGGACUUCCGAACGGUAGCAGCGGACAGACGAACGGUGAAAUGGAGAAUUUUGCUGAUUUUGAGCACAACACGAUCUACAAUGCGGCAGAACACUUGAAUGAAUCCUUCUUUGGCAACGGCACCAACAUCGAUAGCAGCACCACAACCAGCAGCAACAGUACGACCAGUGUUAAUAGCAUAAAUAAUGAUUUAUUCAUAAAUAACUACAGUUUGCUGAAUCAUAACAACGGCGGUGUUGGUGUCAAUAUUGGAGGAUCUGUGGAUGGUUCUAGUAUAGGUAGUGGUGGGGGAAUCGCUGAUCUUUCGAAUCUUAAAAACGCACAGUUCACAGCUUUCGGUGAAUAUCAAACCAUCAACGCGCCGAACUGUUACAGAGGAAGCCCAAGUUAUGGGGCAAAUCUGGCGAGCAAUGGGUACAGCUGCUUGCAGAACUAUCAUCCAAGCAGUGGCAGCAGUAGUCUCAAUUACCCCACCAGCAAUAAUAACACCAAUGUCCAGUGGAAUCUGUGGCAGCAGUUCAAUCAGUGGCAACCGAACGAACAGCCGUCGAUGUUUGGUAGCAUGGGGAGUCUGAGUGGUAAUGGACAGAGUCAACAAUCCACAGCAGCCAAUGUAGUAGUGAGGCGUCAGCAGCAGCACCCACAACAGCAAAGUCAUCAACAGUCAGAGCAACAGCAGCAUCAUUGCUCAAAUCAAAAUCGAUGGAGUCUUCCAAUAUCAGUCAACUCAAAGUCUGGAUUUGGUCUAAGUUCAGCGACACCGUCCGUAGACAGGUAUGCGGCUCUGAAAGAUUUAGACGAGCAAUUCCGAGAGAUCAAGUUCGAAUCUGAAGUGAACAUCAUCAAUAAUAACACCAUCAAUGGCAACGGAACGAGCAAUGGAAUCCAUACGAAGAGCGAUGCAUUACAGAGUACAUGUACUGCGAAUCCCUUCAAAACUGCGAAUCCGUUCCAGCAACAGACACACCAACAGCCCCAACAGCAGCAGCAGCAGCAAACACUCAACUGGACCAUACCAGGCUCAACGCCGCCAGCGGUUGGUACGGCAACGAAUGGUUUCUACGCGACAUCACCCUACCAGAGCAGUGGCCACAUGCAAACGCAUUUACUCAAUGGAAACCCCGCGUGCAACGGAGUCGGUUUCACCAACGCCUUCCACUCUCCGAUGAGCAACGGAUAUGGUCAAGCGCUGCCACCCGCCAUCUCCCAGGGAUUGCCACAAAUGAACGGCGUAACAGUGCCUAAUGGAUUGCACCCGCAGCCGAUGAACAACAUCUAUCGACACUUUAGCAAUCCGUUCAUGUCCGCAGGUACGACCACAGCGCCGUCGUCAAACUCAAACAAUCCUUUCUUAUGAGUAGUCUCAUAGAUUCGCAUAAUUUCUAGCAGUAGCUGCUGUUUGCUGCUGUGAAUCCGAAGUAAGAGUAAAUAGUUUCUGUAAAUCACUUCGAUUUCAAUCAACACAACGGAGUAUUUGAAUUUUAUGUUGCACUAUGUCCGCGGUUUCCAGAAGACAAGCAGAAAAAGGUGUUGGCCCUACCAUUAAUUUGAACUCCAUUAGGCAGGAUUUCAUUGGUAUAUUUAUAAUAUAUAUAUUGGUAUAUUUAUAAAGCAUGAAAUAUGGACGCAAUUGUGAGAAAGGAAUUAAAAGAUCAUGCAUGCAUGGAUCAAUUAUAGUUUUACAAAAUGAUGGACUGCAGAUAGCAAUAGAGAAUCAUGUCGGGGUGUUGAAUGUAUUCAAUACAUCAUAAUUGGAUUUUUCUAGUAUGAUAAACAGAAGGGAGAAACUUCACAAGAGUAUUGCCAAUGUGCCGAAAAACGAGGUGAUAAAUUCCAUUACGCAAAUUGAUCAUAUAUAGAGUAAUUUUAUUUGUGUUUUUUUUUGUUUUCAAUUCCACUGAGUGUUGUAGAUGUUUUCGACGCCAACUGCUAUAGUCUUUCAACUGUUAUCGAGAAUCUCAUGUUUAUCACAGAUACACACACAGCUAGCAGGGUGAAACGUUUAUUUCCUUCGUAUAUCGUGAUCCACGGUGCACUGUUUGAACCAUUGACCGGAAAUUGUUCUCUGCGCGACUGCAAUAGCACAGCAAUUGAAGCCUGUUUCGUCCUUUUUUUUGGAUUCUAGUAAGAAGUUUUGAAGGGAAGCUUCCGAGUGGUUGAGGAAGUUUCCAUGUUCGUAUCCGUGUCUCCUAGCCAUCUCGCGGUAGAAAUCACUAUCAAAUGGAAGCCCUGAAGACCUACUGUAACAGAAAAAAGCUGAAUUGUACGUUCCAACUCAUGGUCUUACUAAUCGUGAGUGCGUGAAGAACUGUAUCAUUCAAAGUUUGUAUUAUCGCAAGUAUGAUCCCUAUCUGGACAUCAUCGCAACGUCGUCCAUCAACACGGUUUGUUGAAACCUGGUGGAAACCUAGAGUACGUAAUCUUCAUUUGUCCACGCUUUGAAGCUAUGCGGAAAGAGUUGCCUCUCCUGUGUGUAGAAAAUAAGGCGGACGAAUUAUGUCGAGGGGAAGGGACAUGGAACACUGUGUAGUUCGUCCGCAGUUUUUAUUCUGCGAAGGAAAUACUACCGCAUGACAUCUCGUUUCGCAAUAUACUUAUCGUGUUAUCGUCUUAUUUUAUCGUUUGUUGUCAAGUAAAAAAAAGUUUUGAUCACGUAGCGUCCCUAGCCCCACUCCAGUGGUACCUGGAGCUGGUCAGUAGUUUCGUGAACAAGACGCUGUUUCGACAUGUUCCGAUAUUUCUCAGACAUUUUCGCAUUCUAGACAAAGAGGCGAUCUUGGGUGUCCAAACCAGUGUAGGAACUGCUUGAAGCAACCGUUACCAGAUAGAAACUGCGUCAGAUGGAAAUUUAUCUUUUCAUACUUCCUGUGAUACUAAAACCACGCCAGAAUAAACACUCAACUGCUUCGCUUCCAAGACACAUUUAUUAUGCUCUCGGCAAUAGUUAUCACAGAUCUUUAACAGACUAAUCACCACAUCUCCCCUCGUUUUAGAAACAAAGACUCAAAGAUUACAAUUUAAUAAUGAUCUAAAAUGUUAAGAAUUCAAUAUUUAAUAUAAUCCACUCUAUAAAUCGGCUUGGAGGUUUAAUCACACGCUUGGGACAAAGAUGCUCUGUUGACUUGUCUUCGACACUGGAUUUCGGUUGAGUAAAUCGUUUGAGUUUACAGUGGUCUCGUUGAAGCCCUUUUCGUUAGCAUUGUCGUCAACUCUUUUUAGAUGACUCGAAUUCCUAUCAUAAACUUUUCCUGACUCUUCACAUUGGGCAGUUACUCGUGGGCCUUGUUUACCUACAACGGUAGAGGCGAAUGAACGGCAAAGUUUAAAGCCUCUCAAAAACAAAGAAUGGAAUGGAAUACCUACAACGGUCAUGUGGCGGAAGGUAGUGGUAAACUUGUUGGUAAGCAUGGAAUUUUUCAUUAACACUUUAUCGCCCGUAAAAAUCUGUGAUGAUUUGGCUUUUCGACGUUGAUCUUCGGCCAUCUUCCCCUUUUCCUUGAUGUGCAUGUCUCUAUCCCUGUAGUCCGAAGAAGGCAGCGCCGUGUCUAUGCUGACGUCAUGUAACGAUGGUAAUUUAGUUCGUAUAGUUCUACCGAACAUCAAUUCACUCGGAGUUAAUCGAUAGUCAUCAGCAAAUAAUCUCCUGGAGGAAGCGGCCCGAGAAAGUAAAUUGCCCCGUCCACCAAUGGCUUGUCAGGUAAAGUUCUCUUAGUCAUAGGUUCUGGUCGAUCUGGCUGGUUUACUAGUCUACAUCCUGCACAACCAUGGACCAUUUGACUAAUAGAAUGCAUGGUGAGGCUUCAGUAUAUCAUUUGCGUAGUUCCAUACUCCCUUCUGUAUACUUACUCUCUAUGUUUGCGUUUCUGGAUCAUUAGCCGAAGCUAUCUCAACCUUAGGAACCUUAGGAUGACCUUCAUGGAACUGUAGAAGGACUGCUCCUAAUCCAACUGGGAACGCGUCUGCCACAGUUUUGAGUUUUGGGUCGAAGUGAGCAAGUGUCUCAAUGUUUCCGACCAGCCGAAUGAGCUCGUUGAAAACUUUUUCUUGGUCAUCUUCCCGGACAAAAGUUGGUAAGUUCGCGCAAUUUAAACGAGAUAGUUGCUAAGUUUGGAAUAAACGAUCCCACGUAAUUUACGAAGCUUAGGAAGGUCUGGAUUUCUUCACAACGUUUCGGUGGACGAAAAAUUUGUAUUGCUUUGAGGAGGCAUCAUUCCAUUCUGAUUGAAUCGCUGACCGCUUAAUUCGAUCUCAGUGCGCUUGACAGAACAUUUAGAUUGAUUUAGAAGAAUCCCGUAUUCACUGAGCUUCUUAAGGACCUUCUCCAGAGUCAUAUCGUGCUCCGUUUCUGACUUGCCUGUUACAACAAUGUCGUCUAUAAAGUUUACCGUAUUCUCACAAUCCGGCAAAAUCUGUUUUAGAAUCUUCUGGAACAUUUCCGGCGCACAAGAAACCUCGAAUACCAAGCGCUUAUAUCGGAAAAGUUCUCGAUGGGUUAUGAAAGUGAUCAAAUGUUUGCUUUCUUCGUCGGGCUGGAGUUGAUGAAAAGCGUCCUUUGUAUCAAGUCUAGAAAGAUAUUUGGAACCAUUAAUGCUCCAAAGUAUCUCCUCGAUCAUCGGCAACGGUCGUGUUUCUCGGAGUAUAGCUUUAUUCAGUUGUCGCAUAUCGAUGCACAGUCACAUGUCUCCACUGUCUUUGAUAACAAUGAUUAUCGGUGAUACCCAACGGCUCGGUUCAGAUACCUUCUCGAUAAUGUCUUUUCUCAACAUCUUGAUGAAUUGGUUCACGAUGACUAGGCAAUCCAACGACUGAAACGCCUAGUUGCUUAGCUGUCGACCAGACACAGCCUUAAGCUGUUUGCGCCCACCGGGUGCGACAAUCUCUGCGCCAAACAUAGCGAUUACUUUUAAGCAAUCUGUUUGAGCAUACGUUUUGAAUCUUCGAUCAGAUUCACGAAUCCCCCCGAUCACGUGCACUACAUUUCUGUUCAUGGCUUCCCACGUGCGGUAAUCAAUGAUGUUAGAUUUGACCACGGAGCAGUGUUGCUAAUGGUCACCAUCGUAUGACUGUUCAUGGAGACGUAUGUGCUGUGUCAUUAAUGAACAUCAUAAAAUGAACAGUCAAACAACCGUCGAACUAAAAAUGUCAUAUGACAUUUCGGCUUUUUUUCGUCCUAUACAUUAGAUAUCCAUCGCCCCGUAAUUAAACAACAGUGUUCACGGGGAACGUUACCGCUGAAAACGUUCAUUCAACACAUUCGCACUUGAUAGGGGAGAGUUCGACGGUUGCUUUGAUAUAGCAAUCCGUCUGAAUACCAUCCAUCGUGUAUGGAUGUGUGAGUGAGCAGGUGGAUGUAUAUGUGCAGCUACGCUUGAAUGCAGAAUAAAGGGAGAAAAAGAAUGCACACCACUGCAGUUUUAAUGUCAAAUGACAUUAAAACUACAGUCAUAUUAGCCGGAAUUGAGGGAUGGUUAUGAGCACGAAUGGUAGAAUGGAAAUAGCAUAUUUUCAUCGCUCUUCUGGGUACGGUCGACAGAAAGAGAAAACAUAUAAACGUUUAAUUGAUAGUCAUGUUUGCGGCUGUGCGUUUAUUUCUGAUGUGACUGUUAGAACCGAGCAAUGCAUUCUUGGUUACAUUCGCAAUACAUAUUGAGCCGUAACUCUUGAGCAAGGGCAGUAGGUGAUGGUUGAGAGAAAUGUCGACCGUUUACAACACUGCCACGGAGUCUCUUUGCAUCUCGAUUAGCACACCGCCUACUUUGACCCAAAUAAACUCAUCUGAAUCAUUCCCAGAAGAAACCGGGCCUGAUUCUCGAAUACACUUCACGGUGGAAACGAAAUAAACGGCACGCCAUUGAACUACGUUUUACGAGUUAGUAAAGUGUUGAAGAUAAUGAUGAGUUUUCAGGCAGAAUGAGCACUUUUCAAAUAAAAAAUCAUUAAUGAAAAUUAACUGGUAUUCAAUGUGAGUGGAAAACUUUGUUUUCUUCAUGUGAUAUAAUAAUCUCAUACAAAAAUUUCAUCUGAAGAUAAUUUGAUAUUGACGAAUUUACGAUGGAUGUUUUGUUUUUUUGGUAUGAAAUUCGUUCAAAUUUACUAGAAAAAUCAGAAUUUAUCUUCAAAUUUACCGGUUUCAUGUAUUCUUUCCACGCUUAAAAGGUUAGAAAAUCAUCAUUUUACAAUGUGCUAUGUAUAUUACGAGGAAUGGCUUGUUAUAUGUAUUGUAACUUUAAUUUUUUUUCGUCUAAGUAAACGAUGAAUAGGGUGUUUCGCGCCAAAAAUACUGCAAAUCCUUCUCGUAUCGGCCCCUACAUAAUCAAUGAUAUCAGCAAAUUUGAUAUGAUAUUGGUUUCAUCGCAAUUAUUCAUAGUAUUAAUAACCGGUAUGCAUUAUCAAACUUAAAAUUUUCGAAGAUUAUCUAUGACUUUGGUCAAAUCGCGUGUUGAAACCAUCGUAAAUAUACAAAACUCCAACUUUCUUACCAUAUACUGACGACAUUCAAUAGCUGAAAUGAAUCUAAAUUGAAAUAAAAUGAAUAAUCACCACCGAAUCUUGCUUUUCAGUGCGUAAAAUAAACAAACACCCUCACUUUUGUGGUUCUGAACUCUAAUGUAGAUGUCGCAUAGGCUGAUUCAGCUUUGCGUAAAUUCGUCAAUUAUAAUGAUAAAUUUAGUGGGAAACUAAUCUCGUAUCCAGAUGUCGACACCGUACCGUUUUCAUCGCGAAUACGUUCCAUUCCGUUUCCACCGUGAAGUGUAUUCGUAGUGUAUUCGAGAAUCAGGCCCACCAUUUCAACGAAUUCAAAUUGUGUCUCAUCAUUUUUAUCUUCAUUCGCAUGUAGGUCCCGAGCGAAUUGCGUUCGAUUUCUCUUCGUUACUGGAUCCGAACCGGAAGGAAUCAUUUGCUCUCAAGUCCUGUUCAAAGAUUUAUGUCUGUUCGAAUUGAUGCUACUGUUUGGUCUGUUUGAUGAUGAAUAGCAAACCAAGGCAAAAUGCCCACGCUUCCCACAUUUCGCGCAUGUUUUAUCUCGCGCUGGACAAAGUUGUAGUCCAUGUGAGCGACCACAAAAUUUGCAUGAUAUCGCGACGCAUUGACGGUUAUCUGCAGGCCUAAUCGCUUGCAAAUGAGUAUAUUUUUUUCCACCCGUCUUAUCUUUGGCUAAACGUGAUGUUUCAAAUACAUUAACUUGUUUACUAACUUCCUCUAGUGUAAGAUCUUUCUCUUGGAGUGAUUUUGCUUGUAAUAGAUUGGGCACAAACUGGAGCAUCUUGUCAACAAUCACAAUGCCGCAACUCUCCGUAGCUGAUUUUCCGAAAAUACAUUUCGAACCAUAUGUUUGUACACGCAUCAGAAACUUUUCUAGGGUCUUAUCCGGUUCUGGUUGCAUAGUCCAGAAUAUGGGCCUGAUUCUCGAAUACACUUUACGGUGGAAACGGAAUGAAACGUAUUCGCGAUGACAACGGUACGGUGUCGACAUCUGGAUACGAGAUUAGUUUGUCACUAAACUUAUCAUUAUAAUAUCAAAUUAUCUUCAGAUGAAAUUUUUGUAUGAGAUUAUUAUACCACAUGAAGAAAACAAAGUUUUCCACUCACAUUAAACACCAGUUUGAUACGAAGAAGUUAAUUUUCAUUAAUGAUUUUUUAUUUGAAAAGUGCUCAUUCUGCCUGAAAACUCAUCAUUAUCUUCACCACUUCACUAACUCGUAAAACGUAGUUCAAUGGCGUGCCGUUUAUUUCGUUUCCACCGUGAAGUGUAUUCGAGAAUCAGGGCCUAUAAAUCGUUCACGGGCUUGCCAGAAUACUGAGAAAAAAUCCUGGCCUCGUCGCCAAUUUGUUAUAGUAUAACCACGCCAGAAUAAACACUCAACUGUUUCGCUUCCAAGACACAUUUAUUAUGUUCUCAUCAAUAGUUACCACAGAUCUAUAACAGGCUAAUCACCACACUUCCUUCCUUCCUGUCGAUAUUGAAAUACGUUGGCUCAGUCCGGUUGGCUGUCCUUGAAAUUGUUCGGAACAGAAAGAAGUUUUUCAUCAAUUUUCGGCGCAUAUCCAUGUGAGUAUAUGAAUACGCUUGGAAGCUCGGGAGCACGCAGAAGGAUUGGAGUAUGGUGGAGAACUCUGAACAUGGAUGAACAGACAACCCGGAGAAAUGAUGUCAGAUAGACAGUUUCGGUUAGGCGUCGUGCACAAAUUACGUAACGCUAAAAAUCCGGAUUUUGAUUUCCUAUCUCUAAUACACAGAAAGUAACGCAACCUAGAACUACUCCCCCCCCCUUAUCGCGUUACGUAAUUUGUGCAUGACGCCUUAAGUCAUGGUUUCUCAGACAUUUGAAAGUGACAUAACGUCACCUCUUCAUCAAGAAUGUGGUAAUGUGAAUGAAAUAUCGGAGUACGCGAUCUUCGUAUGCCCAAGAUUUGAAAGAGAGAGAGAAAGAGAGAGAGAGAGAGAAAGAGAAAGAGAAAGAGAAAGAGAAAGAGAAAGAGAAAGAAAGAAAGAGAGAGAGAGAGAGAGAGAGAGAUAGAGCGAACAGACAACGAUAGUUAAAACCGUAACUCGAAGAGAUUGACAGAUUGACAUGAUGUGCGGUGAUACGUAGAUCCGAAUAUCCUCAACAGAUUCAGCAUGUCCGUAGCCCUGGGUAGCUUCAUUACCACUUCGCUUCUUUGUUUUUAAGAGGCUUUAAACUUUGCAGUUCAUUCGCCUCUACCAUUACCAUGGAUAGAACUUCGUCCGCGUCCACGAGAACCCGAAUCCCUUUCGAUAGAUUGCUUAAGACGCUAGUUAUUUUGACAUGGAAGGGCGUCACUGCUAGUAUAAACUACAGAUUCCUUGGUGAAUGUUCUGGACUUGUGAUUGAAGGGUUGUGCCAAACAGCAGUUCUAGAGGCUUUAACUUUAAACGCCUUUUUCUCGGAAAUUUGUUUUUUACCCCCUUUUCGUUCCGGACGAUCACAUAUGCAAUUUGCAACACAUGUAGUUCGUGCUCGGUGAGAGAUUAUCUCGAAUUACAAAAUACGAAAUUUUGCACGGUGUGAUAAUGAUAGUGAUUGUAUCGACUUCUCAAUUCGAUUUACAUAAUAGGAUUCAAUAGCUUUGAAUUCAUUGCAACCACUCUCAUCGAGUGCAGGUUCCCACGUGAUGCGCUUCCUACGAACAAAACAAAAAUCGAAAACAAAUCUAUCGAGUGAUCAGUUUUCCUCCUAGAAGGAAAACUUUCAAUCACUUACAUUUCUCUAACUGAGUAAUAGAACAUUCUGAGACUCUCCGUCCUUUAACCUUCUAGUUGAAUGUAGCUCUACCAUCGUUUGCUGGAUCAAAUUGCAUUUAUACAUUGAGCUACAUUUUCUUUCGACUCUGCUGUAAACAGAAGCGGCAAUCUGCUAAAACGCAAACGAGGAACAUCGCUGAUGGAAAUUACCGGAGCCCAUUGGGAACACGAACUACUGCGAGCACGAUAACAGUGAGAGCUAAGCAACAAUUGUAAAUAAAACCCGCUCGUGUAAUUAUUUGUGUCUACUUUUCGCGGAAAACUGUCCUCAAUUACACUUAAACCAAAAAAAAAAACGAAACAUAAAAGAAAAGUCGCCAUAAUCAAAUAUGCAUACUUACAAUAAAAAGCGAGGGUUGUACAGAAGAAAAACACUCAAUUUUAAAAACGAAUUCAAAACUGAGCGAUAAUAGAGUAGAAAAACACUAUUUUUCUAUUACUUUUUAAAUUCAUAUAACGAAGUGUUUUAAUUUGAAAGUUUAAAGAUAACUAACAUAAGAUGCAAAAAAACGAAACCGAGUCCGAUAUUGAUGCUCUUAUAUAGAUUACGUUAUUAUAUACACACACACACAUACUAACAGACACUAGUGCUGCAGGUGCAAACCAGUUCUUGUACAUUUUUAUUAUAAAUUUUCAAACCUAGAGGAUUCUUAAAACGUUACACAGAUGCAAAGUUACAGUUUUACAACGGCAACAGAAAAAAAAAAUCGAUCGAUUAACUUACAAUAAAAACAUAACAUAACAUGCUCAAAAAAAACUCAACACAAAAUACAGAACUUAGCCAUUCGAUAACACUUUGAAGUAUCUAUUGAAACAAAACGCAAAUAUUUAGUCGUACGAUUGUGAAGGUUAUUCGAGACGAAAAAAAAACGCUUGUGUGGCCUUAUGUAGAAAAAGAGUUUUAUCAAACAAAUAAUGUUAUAAUAAUCGGAGGCAGGAAUAAAAAACAAACAUUUGAUGAACUAUACGAAAUUGAACGCCUGUGAACGGAUUUUCAAAACUUAUCCAUUCAUAUCCAAAACUUUUAGAGCCAAUUCCUGCUUUCAAUUCUUAAAAACCGAUAUGCGCUGUUUCAUGAAAGGGACAAACAGUUCUAUUUCGCUGUUUUGCAGUGUGUCGUUUGACACAUUUUGAUAAAUCCAUUGACGCUUUUCGUUCUCCACCCAUCCAUGUCACAUAGACUACCCUAGGCCUAUUUCAAUUUCCAACAUUUAAUCCAACUGAAGAAGGCAAUUCUGUCCGGGGUAUGAUAAGAUAGAGCUCGAAAAAGCGAAUAUUGUAUCCGUUACUCAAGUCAUUAGCUCUGUAUCUUUAUAACGUAGCAAAAGAAUGACAAUGCAGGAUUUCCUAACACAAAACCUGGUUUUUAUCUCUAACCCCAGAGAAUCAUUAAAAAUUUAAACUAAGAAAAAAAAAUCUUUAACGAAGCAGAUAUAUAGUCACUUGUAUAAUUGCAAAACAGGUGAGGAUAAGAAUGAGAUCAAAUUAUUAAAGCAUGGUUCAUACAAUUUUAAACGUUAUUACGCUGAUAAAUGCGAGGAAAAUGUUAGCUGUAUUAAAAAAAAUGGGGAAAUAUCUACUACACAGUUAGUUUAAUUAGUGAUAAUAACAUACAUUUAAAAAGCCCUAUAAAAAUAAAAGGUUAAUAUUUAAUAUUUAUAAUGAUCA